AACGGAAUACCUUAGCAUACCGUAAUGUUUGAAAAAUUAUCUAAUCAAAGCAAUGGGCAGAUUAUUGCUAGUCAUAUGUGGAAAAUAAAACAAUAUUCUCAUAGGGAAAUCUAGAUUAUAUCUUAAGAUUUAUCUUUAGGUUAGAUUAUUUUCUUUUUAUUUGUCUGCGGAUGGCAUCUCUUCUGUGGAGCUUGACAUUAUUUCUACGGCCGCCAUCUUGGAUGAUAGCGUGAAGAUGAUGGGAUCAGGGGGAGCACCGAUUUUAGUGCUAAAUCAAAACACAAAGAGAGAACAAGGACGUAAAGUUCAGCUCGGAAAUGUGAAGGCUGCGAAGACCAUCGCUGAUGUGAUAAGGACAUGUCUUGGGCCCAGGGCCAUGUUAAAGAUGCUGAUGGAUCCCAUGGGAGGCAUUGUAAUGACAAAUGAUGGAAAUGCAAUCCUGAGAGAGAUCACUGUACAGCAUCCUGCAGCUAAGUCUAUGAUUGAGAUUGCCCGCACACAGGAUGAGGAGGUGGGAGACGGGACCACAUCAGUCAUCAUAUUGGCUGGUGAAAUGCUAGCAGUUGCUGAGCCAUUCCUCCUGCAAGAAAUGCACCCGACCAUCAUAAUAUCGGCCUUCAGACAGGCCCUGGAGGAUAUGGUGGAGAUUCUAAGGGAAAAAGCUAGUUCUCAUUGCAGACGAAUUGAAAAUCCCAGAAUAGUUCUAUUAGACUGCUCAUUAGAAUAUAAGAAAGGAGAAAGUCAGACCAAUGUAGAAAUUACCAAGGAUACUGACUUUGGGAAAUUGCUUGAGCUUGAAGAGGAGUAUAUUCAGCAGAUCUGUGCUGAUGUGAUCCGUGUGAAGCCAGACCUGCUGUUCACAGAGAAGGGCAUCUCUGAUCUGGCACAACACUACUUAGUCAAAAAUGGCAUCACUGCCAUUAGAAGAGUCAGAAAGUCGGACAAUAACAGGAUAGCAAGAGCCACGGGAGCAACUGUAGUGAACAGGACUGAUGAACUCAAGGAGGAAGAUGUAGGAACAAAGUGCGGACUCUUUGAAGUCAAGAAGUUUGGGGAUGAGUAUUUCACAUUUCUGACCGAGUGCAAGGACCCCAAGGCAUGUACCAUCCUGCUUCGCGGGGCCAGUAAAGACAUCCUGAACGAGGUGGAGCGUAAUCUGCAGGACGCCAUGAAUGUGGCCAGGAAUGUGAUGGUGGACCCCAGGCUGGUGCCAGGAGGCGGGGCCUGUGAGAUGGCGGUGGCACAGGCACUGAACGAGAAGGCCAAGACAAUCACCGGUGUACACCAGUGGCCCUAUAGAGCCGUCUCCAAGGCAUUGGAAGUGGUGCCCAGAACCCUGAUCCAGAACUGUGGCGCCAAUACCAUUAGAACCAUCACUGCCCUUAGAGCUAAGCAUGCCAGUGAAGGCAACAUGUCAUGGGGUAUUGAUGGGGAGAAGGGAGAGCUGGUGGACAUGAAGCAGUUUGGAAUCUGGGAACCCAUGUCUGUAAAAGCACAGACAUACAAGACAGCCAUUGAGACUGCUAUAUUGUUGCUGCGUAUAGAUGACAUCGUGUCUGGCGUGAAAAAGCAGGCUGAUUUGGACAAACCUCAGGCAGGAUUUGAACCAGCACCAGAAGCACCUGAACAGUAGACAGCUGAAGUGAUGGACACCAACUUAACUGGUUUGACCGGUCACAGUGUGAGAUGUGCAGUGAUAGAGUAUCAAUAUCGGUCACAUGGCAGUUUCUUUGGAAUGAAACUUAUAUUCUACCUAGGACAAAGUGCAAACCAUUUGGAAUGUAAGGACCCAUAUUGUAUUGGUGUAUGAUCUCAAUCAUGAGCCACUUUGUGUAUUUGUAAAAGGCAGGAUGAAUAUUCGUACAGCAUCAGUAUUGAAGAUGAGAAGAAGCUGCUAAAAUGUUGGAUACGCAUAUAAUGUUUAUAGGCAAAAUUGAAUGAGAGUUUAAGAACUGUAUUAAUACACUGUGUUGAAGAAAAAAACAUUUCAUUUAAUGCAUCAGACUGGGAAUAUUCAUGUUCAAGGUGUUUUUUAUAACAAAUAUUUAUUAUAAAUUUGAAAGAAACGGAUUUGGCAUUGAAAUUACGAGAGCAUUUCUCAUAAAGCUUUACUUUUAAUAAAUGAGAUUGUGAAACUCCCUGUUAUUAAUUGUGCAAACAAUCUGUAAUUACAGUACUGAUUUUAUACAUGCAGUAUCUACCAAAUGUUUGGUUUGUGUUUGUUAGCUAGAAGCAAUUAUGUUGAAAUAUAUCCGGUACCUGGCUGUGCCUUUGUAAAAUGAU